UAUUUGUUUCUCUUUUUCACCCUCUUUUGCUUUCCCUUUUCGAUCUUCUUUCGCACGCUUGUUUACAUAUACCCUUUUGCCCUUUUAUAUCGAUUUUCAUUCUGCUCUCCAUCUACACAUACAUACACACAUACAUACACACAAACACAUAUACACAUUCUUUCCUCUCCUUCUCUUUGUCUUUCUCCUUCUCUCUUUGUCCUUCUUUUGUCUUUAUCUCUGGUCUCUUCUGUGCUUUCAGUCCAUUUCCUUAUUCAUACAAGCUAAUAUAAAGAUCUCUAAAGUCAUCACAAAGAUGAUGAACAGAGAUGAUAUCAUCACAUAUGGAGGAGACAAGGAGUCUUGCAUUGAGGAAGGAAAAGAAAAGAAUGAUGCGUCGUCACUUCAGGACUCUGCCGACUUCAGCGGCCCUAUUGCAGGCGAGGUUGGACAAGGUCUUCAGCGUAACUUGCAAGCGCGGCACUUGACCAUGAUCUCACUUGGAGGAACUAUCGGCACAGGACUCUUCCUUGCAUCAGGCUCAUCAAUCGCCACAGCUGGUCCUGGCUUCUCACAGGUUGCCUACACACUCAUUGGUACUAUGGUCUAUUGCUUCAUGUCCUCACUUGGUGAGAUGGCGACAUAUCUUCCCAUCACUGGAUCAAUCAAUGCGUAUGGUACUCGCUUCUUUGACCCUGCCCUUGGAUUCAUGCUUGGUUGGGUUUACUGGUUUUCUUGGUCUGUCACUUUAGCUACAGAGUUAGUGGCGUCAUCUCUCAUCAUCUCAUAUUGGAUUCCGCCUGAAACAUGCCCAGGCUGGGUAUGGGCUCUUGUCUUUAUUGUCAUACUCACCACCCUCAAUCUCAGCUCCGUAAAAGCCUAUGGUGAGACUGAAUAUUGGCUCAGUCUGAUCAAAGUCCUUGCAGUGGUCGUCUUCAUCAUUGUCGGCUUCCUCUAUAUUGGUGGAGCAGUGGGCACGCCGAUCGAAGGUGCACCCAAGCCAGGACCUCAGGUCUUUAACAUGGACCCUUUCCAUAAUGGAUUCAUGGCUCUGUUCUCCAUCUUCUUGAACGCCGGCUUCUCUUUCCAAGGAGCAGAACUUGUGGGUAUCGCUGCGGGUGAAACCAAGAACCCCCGCAAGAAUGUACCCCGUGCGAUUCGACAGGUCUUUUGGCGUAUUAUUAUGUUCUAUAUCCUCACCAUCUUAAUCAUUGGCAUGACAAUCCCUUAUGAUGACGAGUCUCUUGCUAACGAAAAAGGCGAUAUCAAAUCCUCGCCCUUCACCCGCGUCUUUGUUCAAGCUGGAAUCUCUGUCGGUGGUGAUAUUAUGAACGCCAUCAUCUUGGUCGCUGUUCUCUCGGCCGGUAACUCGGGCUUGUAUGCCUCUUCCCGUGCACUCCACACUUUAUCCAAGGAAGGAAAUGCACCCAAGUUCUUGGGCUAUGUCAAUCGUUGGGGCGUGCCCGUCUACUGUGUCCUUGCCACUGCCCUGGUUGGAUGCUUAGCCUUCAUUGUCUCGCUUCGUCAGAUCGGUCAAGGUGAAGCCUACAAUUGGCUCCUGGCUCUUGCCUCCACCACGGGAUUCAUUGCUUGGCUCGGUAUUGCAUUCUGCCACAUUCGUUUCCGAAUGGCUUACAAGGCCCAAGGCCGUUCUCUCCAGGAUCUUCCCUUUGUCUCUCGUCUAUACCCAUUUGGUCCCAUCUAUACCAUCGUGAUCUGCUUAAUUAUCUUGUUUGGUCAAGGAUACACUGCAUUCACCCCUUUUAAUGUAAAAGCCUUCUUGUCCGCAUACGUGACCCUACCCUUUGUUGUCAUUCUCUAUUUCGGAAACAAGUUCUGGGCAAAGACAAAGAUCCUUAAAUUGGUUGAUGUAGAUCUCGACACCGGUCGCAGCUUCUUGGAAACUGCCCCUCCAAUCAUGGACAGUGAGUCUGAAUGUAAUCAGAAAAAACCCAACAAAUUCCGUCGAGUGCUCGCUUCGAUCUUUUAAAUAAAAUAAUAGUAAACAAUAAAAAGUAUAAAUGUCAUCAUUAUUUCUUUUCCUAUCCACUCAUUUUCAUGAAUUCAUAGUGCGAUAGAGCAAAG